AUGGCUGCCCUUCAUCCCAUGGGUGAGGGGCACCCCACGCCAUCCAAGCGUUCCUUUGCCGAUAUCCUUGCCUCCUCCUCAAACCCGUUGCCAUCCUCACAAUUCUUGAAACCGAGAGAAGUGUAUCGUGGAGAACCUGCGGUAACUUUCACCAUUGAUGAAAUUCAAUCGUUGGCUUCCCCUUUCCGUUUUGCCCUGGUAGGUAAGUUCUCCAAGGGACGGCCUUCCAUGGAGGCUCUACGGAAGGAAUUUUUAACCAUUGGCUACAAAGGGACGUUCACUCUUGGCCUGCUGGAUCCACGCCACGUUCUCAUCAGGUUUGAACAUGAAGAAGACUACCAUAGAUGUUGGCUUCGUCGUUUUUGGUCCUUUCAGGGUUUUGGAAUGCGAGUACUGAAGUGGACUCCCUCCUUCUCGGUAGACUCAGAACCUUCCAUCGUCCCCAUUUGGAUUCGGCUACCCAAUCUUCCUGUCCAUUUUUUCGCCAAGGGCCCUCUUUUCUCCAUUAGCAGACUUGUGGGAGAGCCUCUUCGGCUUGAUGCUUCCACAGCCGCCAUUACAAGGCCUAACGUAGCAAGACUUUGUGUCGAAAUAGAUCUUCUUAAGGAUCUCCCGAAUCGCGUCUGGAUUGUUAACGGAUCUUUUGGAUUCUGGCAGAAAAUUGAAUACGAAAACGUGCCUGACUAUUGCCGCUGCUGUCAUAAACUUGGCCAUACUGCAGACGUAUGCAAGAUCAGCAACCCGGCGCCGACUGCUGCUAGUCAGGGGUCGGAUCAUCACGCGCAAGUCUGGUUACCCAAGAACCCUGAGACGAGCCACCCUGAUAUGCAGCAGCCAAUGGCAACCAAUGAGCCUCGCCAGAAACCAGAAAUUUCCCUGAUAAAGAACCCUAAUCUGCUUGGCUGUGACAAAAUGCACAAACAACGGGUAGUGCAAAAUCAGGACACGACUAAUCCCGCCCCUUCAGAGGGGACCCCGAGCCAGGUUGUAUCUCAUGGUCAUUCUGCCACAAGGGAACCGAAACCCCCUGAACCGGCCACUCAGCUACAAGUGGUCAUCCCUGAAGCCAACAACCUGGCGUCGAGGCUGCUGGAUAAUUGUGAGCUUGUAACAGAACGAGAUUUAAUCCAGUGGCCGACUUCGCUCUCGGAUUCUGAGGACCAACAGCGGGAUUCUAUGCCCUGA